UGCACGACUCGAGAUCGAGAACUGAGACUUGAGAGUGAGAAGCAUUUCGUGGUUUACUCGGAUUUGAAGUGGCACAUGGCACAUGUUCCUUCUGAUAGUAACUGCCCGAGAUUUUGUUGGGUGAAACACCUGUCCGAUACCAAUGCCGCUCUCUAGAUCUCGAUGGAAAGUUCUCGUGUUUCUUUCCUUAUGUUUCCUCUUGGAGCAUGGAGUCUGCAGCGUGGACGCCGAAGUAAUUACAAAUGGAGGCGAUGAGAAUUCUACGAGCCCGGAUGACAACCACCAUGCUUCUAUCCGGGUGGCUCGCUUCGACUUUGACCGUGUCAGAACGCCCUACACAUUCGGCAUGGCUCUUUUCGUGGCAGGAGUAGCGAAACUAUUGUUCCACUCAUGGGAAGCGCUGUCAUCCAAGGCACCUGAAUCAUGUAUGCUGAUCAUCUUUGGUCUUAUCGUGGGCGCUAUCAUAGAAGCUACGUCAUCUCAAGUCAUCAAGUUUACCCCCAACCUCUUUUUCCUCUACCUCCUGCCACCAAUCAUGCUGGAUGCUGGUUACCUCAUGAAGCGCCGUGCAUUCUUCGACAACCUGACCACUAUUCUGCUCUAUGCCGUUGUGGGAACCAUAUGGAAUGUAUUUGCUAUGGCUCUUGGUCUAUACGCGCUACGUGCCGUGGGUGCUAUCAAAGUCACAACGACGUUUGAGUUUCCCGAGUGCCUGCUGUUUGGUGCCAUUUCUGCUGCCGUCGACCCUGUUGCUGUUUUGGCAAUUUUUGAUGAGGUGCACGUCAACGUAUCGCUGUUCAUCCUCGUCUUUGGCGAGUCGAUCCUGAACGAUGCCGUGAGCGUUGUCUUGUACCAGUCGGCGGAAACGUUUGUUGCUUUGCCAGCGGUCACGGCAACCGACAUCAUACUGGCGUUUGUGUCGUUCUUCACAGUCAGUAUUGGUGGUCUUGUCAUUGGUUUGCUGUUUGGCUUAGUGGCCAGCUUCAUCACACGAUUUACGGAGAGCGUCCAAAUUCUGGAAGUUCUAAUUACGUUUCUCUGUGGCUAUCUGAGCUUUCUCAGUGCGGAGAUAUUCCACUUCUCCGGAAUCCUUGCUGCUAUAGCUUGCGGUCUGGUGAUGAGACACUAUCUGCACGAGAAUAUCUCCUACAACAGUCGCAUCACCAUCAAGUACUUCAUGAAGAUGAGCAGUGCUGCCAGCGAGACCAUCAUAUUUGUUUUCCUCGGGCUGGAAGCGGUGACGAAUCGCUUCAUCUGGGAUACUGGCCUUGUCCUGGGCACUUUGGUUUUCGCUUUCCUCUUCAGAUUCAUUGGCACCUUUGCUCUGACCUAUUGGGCCAAUAAAUAUCGGAUCUUCCCGAUUUCCAAGACGGAGCAGAUUUUGAUGGGCUAUGGUGGAUUGCGAGGUGCUGUCUCGUUCAGUUUGGUGCUACUACUGAACGAGUCUCACGUUCCAUCCAAGGAUGCCAUGUUCACCGCUGCCUUCUGCCUCAUUGUCUUCACAGUCUUUGUUCAGGGAACAACUAUCAAGCCUCUAGUCAACUACCUGCAUGUCCAGAAGGAGAGCAAAGAUGAUCCAACGGUUAAUCACAUCAUACACUCUAGGACUAUCGAUCAUAUCACCGCUGGCAUUGAGGAGAUCAUUGGACAAAUCGGAGACCAGAGGUUUUACCAGCUAAUGGCAUACUACGACAUGAAGUACUUGACACCAUUCUUCAUCCGUAAAAACGGAGAGGGCGCCGAAUCUCUGAUCAGUCAGAUAGAGAGGACGUGCUAUCAUCAAGCCAAGACUGUUCAUCUGCGAGGGUACCAACAUCAGCGUGAUCCACUGAAUAGUGUCAGCAAUGCAGAAGAGCCACUUACACCAUGUCUGCCAUCUGAGUUGCGCGUGCCCUGCCUAGGAUCGGACCUGAAAGCAGCACCAGAGCCAUCCUGCAGAACACCGCUGGCACCUAAGCGUCUAUCUGACGUAGGUGCACGCGAUGCUGGGGUCACAUCUGAUGACUUUAUCCAGAAGCUGUUUGUGCCAUCCGCGAGCAAUGAACUACAGGAGAUGUGUGGCGUGCGCAGCCGCAAUCACAUCUCCAAUCACCAGCUGGAGCAGCGGCUGAGAAUGCUGCGCUGGAAUGCAGCCAUGCACGAAGCACUGGCGCAGGCGCACAUGUCGCAUCACAACCACCAUCAUCACCAUCACAACCAUCACCAUCACAGUGCUAUGCACCACGGCAAGGGCAGUCGCGGCUCUCGCCACAGUCGUCACGUGGCCUUCAGCAGACCUUCCAGUAUCGAUAUGACUACCCCAAGCUUUGCAUCCACCAGCAAUCAAAUGAGUAGUAGCGACUCCAGGCCAAGUCAGCAAAGCAUGGCGAAUGCCAAGCGCCGUGUCAUGAGUGAGGGAGAUGCAAUGUCCAUGCACAGGAGCGACGAGGAAAUGUCCAUCGCCACAAUGUCCGACCCGAGCAUUCACUUUGAGCUGGAGGACCGGCACAGCGACGACGACUGGAUCGGUGCACGCAACCAACUCGCGCAUGGCGGCUCAGACACGAGAAACAGUGUGUAGCCUGCAACACACCACCACCACCACCAGUCUGGGUCUACACAAAGCUUACCAUGCCGCCAAGAACUGACCAAUGUUCCUUGUUGAGUCUUGCUAAUGCUCCCGUCGGUAGCUGGAAUUGCCAUCGUGUUUCCAACGAUUUUUUCUGGCAGCAUACAAGAUACAUUCUGUCAGUCUGGCCGCGCUCAGAGUAAGCGUCCCGGUGGUAAGCAUUCUGACGGUGAGCGCUGAGAUAUCCUCAGCACCACCACUGCCUGGCAUAGUGUGCUUGGAGCACAGGUGACUUCACGCGAUAUGCUGAACACCGCACAGCAUGCUGCAGACCCCAAUGCCCAUGCGCCCAGCUUUAGUCAGCAAGCAUUGCUAUACAGUCGCUAUCAGCUGUAACAAUGCAGUGGGGCUAAUUCCAAACAAUCUGUGCAAAUUCCUCGUUGUUAUUUGCACCCACCUUUAACAGUGAUGGCUGCCCCUUAUUUUAAUGAUUUUCCUCGGCGAGUAGUUUUCAUCAUUUUCAAAUUCAAAUCUCUUUUAACGCCAUGGCCAGAGGACUGCCAAAGCUUGCACUGCUUGCUUUGUUCGUAAGUGCCGUGUUUUUGCUGUAUGUGUCAACUUGACCAGAUUUUCAGCAAAUUAAUUAUUUUUACAUACCGGUAGCCCAUGGAAACAUACCAGCGUUCUCAUUUCUCGGUAGACAACUAGGACGGCUAGAGUUUUAUUUACAAGUACAGCCUUUACCAAUGCCGAGUAUAUCAUGCAUUGCUGUACCCUCAUUAUGCCGACAAAUAAAAUAAAAACUUCAGAAA